AUCAAUAUUUGCCUGCUACUACGGUUACAGGCAUUAUGAUUUCUUUAUUCACUUGUCUUGCGUGUGGGUUUGUGCGUGCAUGCGUGUGUGUGUGUGUGUGUGUGUGUCCAUUUGGGCUCGGGAUGUGUGCAGUCAUGUGUCUUUACCAAUAUCGAUGGGCGGGUGACAUGUUUACGUUCUUCGAAAGCCUGACCGCCGGUCCUGCUCGUCAUAUUUGGAGAAGAACAUGCAUUUGCCAAAAGCCCAGAACAACAAGAGCUACUGGGAAGGUCUUAAUUUUUUUUUUUCUGAAAUCCACCAAAACUGAGGGAAAAUGCAAGUGACUGUUUUGAGCAGCUUUGUGGCCUGCAAUGCUGUGUGGGCUUCAUGGGGAGCCAGACUUCCUGCAGCUACGCGUUCAUUCAUCACCUGCUUUCAAUGGCCGCCGUGCUCCCUCUAGGCUAGCGGGCCAGGUAGGGUGCUGUGCUAGCACAAUGUAGGGGGAUUAGCAUCAAAGCGGUGCAGGCUAGGCCCUGUGUUCCGGACCACCAUUCAGCCCUAGCAGGGGUGCCAGAGCCCAGGGAGCGUCCAAGGUCAUCGUCUCCUGCGUGGAGGGACAUGGAGGGGGAAUGGGCAAAGGAACCCUGGGAACCAGCCGUCUGAAGAGGACCAGUAAGGCUAGCUGCACAGCAGGUGUCUCGCCCGCUAAAUGUACAUCUGUUUGUGCAGCGGAUAGCGUGGCGGAUAGCGUGGCCGACAACGGAAGGCUUUCUUCUCUUCUCUUCUUUCUUCUUUUUUCGUUUUUUUUUCUUCUCGCUUUUCUGCUUGUUUUGCUACUUGGCUUGGUUCAAUCAGGAUUUCUUUAUCAUCUUUUCUUUUCGGUGGUUUUCAUUCAAAGCGCCAUCUAUUACGCUUCGAUAUCAGAAUGAUGCAUUGUGACCGAAAAUGCUUUGCACUUGAGCGGAAAUCUUGUUCCAAGUUAUUAAAGACAUGGGGGUAGGGGGGUUGGGGGAUCCGACCAUGGGCACAGCAAUUUGUGUUUGGGGGGGUGUGAGGGUAAAGGAGCAAUUGGGAGGAACUUUUUCCAGUUUCUAUUAUAAAGAAAUACAGCAACCAUAUUAGUUUCAUGGAUAUUAUACGACCAAUUGGAACACUUUGCAUUAAAAGAAAGAUCAACAAUGUCCUCUGAGAGAACUGAAUUUUAAGUAAAAGAGUUUUGGAUUCCUUCUUUGCUUUCACCAUGUGAUUGAACCGUAUAAUGAUAACUAUAGACAUAAUUUUAAGCCGAUUGGGUGUCCUGGGGAGCGAGGCAUUGGACUAAACAACUCAUGAUGGGACAUCUGUUGGUUUCAGCACCAGACAUAGCAGCGAAGUGGCCUAGUAAGUCUUGUAUAUCGCAGACCAGAGAGAUUAGGAUGGGAAAAGGAAACAACCUAUAAAGCAAUGAUAACGUGUAGAAUAUAAACUAGUAUUGAUGUCUUCCAUUUUGUGUCAAGAAGGCAACCAUGUUUAUUUUUUCUUUUCGCCCGCCCCUUCCACCAUCGUUGGGAUAUUGGCAAGUUGUCAUGGCGACAGGGAUGUUCUGCUGAUGAAGUCUCGCUCGUCGUUGCCCAAUCAGAUCGUAGAGUCUACAACUGCAGUGUACGAAACAGGAGAGGACGCACCUAUUCCAGUUGCACAAUGGCGAGAAGGACAGCCCGAUUCUGGACCACCUACGGACGAAAUGGACGAUUUUGGGGGAGGCAGUCAAAGGGGCCGCCGUGGUUCCCUAAAACCGCUCAGCCGGGGUCGAGGAAGAGGGGUUGCCAGGGUAUGGCACCAAGAGCAGCUCUUCGGUUGAACAACGGGAUGGAGCAGCCAGAAUAUCCAGUCGGCGGGAACAGGUGCCGUCAGGAAACCUGGCUAGCGUCUAGAGAACAUGGGGACGUCUGGACAGUUCAAAGACAUGGACCAUCCUUUGUCCGGACAUCGACGACCACCUUGAAAUGCACCUCCACUGCUGGUUCUGGCCAGAAUCCAGCUAUAGAUUGUUAAUUAAGGUUUCUAAGCGAUGCAUGGUCUCGCCUCUAAAAUACUAAACCAAUGUUCUUUUCACGGACUUCAAAGUGUCCGUGUUCCAUUCCAUUGGGAUUAGUGAUGAUAGUGUCUGAUAGCUGCCUGCUGAAUUAAAUGCCUGUGGCUUGGUUCAGGUACUCAGAUAUAAUACACAAUAAUAAUACAUGCUUAUACAUACACACGUAACACACAAAACUGCAUGCGCUGAGUGUACCGUCCCAAACCUUUGUCUAAUGUAAACAGAUCCACCAUUUAACAAAAAAUAAACACUUGAACUUAUAUCAGUGAAAACGACAUGAUAAUACACAUACAGACACACACACACACACACGCAACGGUUUUAGUAUUUGUGUUUUCAUAUUAUAUUUUCUCACAGCCGUGCUUUUAUGCACAAUAAUGCCAUAUAUGUUCAAUAUUCUCUGUCUAGAAAACAAAACCUUUUACUGGUCAAUAUUUUAGCAGAUGUCCUCCAUACACUGUUUGUCCUUCACUCAACAUCACAUCCAGCACCCCCAUGGCAAAUUGGAUUUUUAAACGGCUUCCUUUUGAUCAUUCCUCACACUCUAAUUGACUGAUUUUCUCCCCCCACCACAGAAACUAAUGAAACAGAGAAUCUGUAAGAAAAAAAUUUGAAAUCUCUAUAGCAACUCUAGCAGAGAUUGUACAAAGGACGAAUGACAAGUGUUUAAAGGGCUUGAGGGUUUUGUUAAUGUUCAGUUUUGUUUUCUCUCUCUCAUCGGCUGAGGUCUCGGGAGACACGUGAACGAACAACAGCCACGGGAAAAAACCUCACAGUGCGAGAGAGAGAAUGAGAGAGAAACUCGUCCUUGGUGAUCAAUGUCUGUGCUAUUGUCAGUUCUUUUUCCUCACAAGGGCAAGGAAAGGAAGUGAGGAAAUAUAUUUGAUGCAGUGCAGUUGUGUACACUGCUUAGGCCUUUUACAAACGGGCAGUUGAAGUACUGAUAAAUGCCCUGUAUCAAAGGUUAUUAUUUACUAUGGUAACAAGUACUCCUGAGGUAGAACAUAUUAGCUUAUGGUAUUGCUUUUAUGAAAGUUACAUUCACCUAAAUAAAAAAAUGACAUAAUGGUAAUUGCAUGGUAAUUGCAAUGAACUUUCCCCUUUUGUUCAAUCCCUUAUGAACUAGUGCUUAUCACCGAACAUGCCUAUAAGUCGUUGUCUUAAAUAAUUCAAUCAUGUCAUUCAAUUCAAACAGUAAGCUUCAAGGUAGAAGUCCUAGAACCCAAAGUCUCCUCAUAAGUGAGCUGGGGAGAAAAUGUACAAUCUGGUCUUCUGAAAUGACAUACUUAAAAAAUAAUGAUAUCUUCUGAAAUCACAUGCUUGUGUAAAAUUGUCUUCCGAAAUGAAAAGCUUGAAUACAAUUAUAUUUUCUGAAAUGACAUACUUAAAUAUAAUUAUAGAACUUUCUUUGCAGGGCAUUUCGGUAGUGUAGAAAAAGUUGAGUGUGAGAGAAUGUCAGGAGGGUUACUGCUGAAACCAAGGUGACAGUUGCUAAAAUUGUACCAGUAUGAUGUACGACAGGAUGUUUUCUGUUUUUCAUGGGCUGACAAAUCUAUUUUGCUUACUGCAAACAUUAUAAUCCUCUUGGCUGUUUGUAGUGAGCAUGUCCCGUAUAAUUUCUCUGACACUCUUCAAGUUGUAGUGCUUCUCUCGAAGUUGAGUUGACAUCUCAGAGUUGAUGUAUAGCAUGUGGCACUUUUGCGUAUAUUGAAUACGGAUCUGAACCCUUGUUUGUCAUUUCGUUCUGCUUUUACUGACUGCACACCAACUGAGGCUAGGAGAGAGUCAUGGAGAGUUAGAGACUAUGUACUGUAUGUAUAUGUGUUUGUCUGAAAAGCUGUGAGAAAUGUCUGAAAAUGUUGAUAGAACCAAGAAAAUGUCAUUAAUGGGGAUCUUUUUAAAGUCCUUUUUUUGAGUAUUUUUUUUGUAUUGUUUAGGAUAAGUUACAAAAGGGGGGCAUAAGAGUUUCGGGGUACCUUUGAAUUUGGGGUUAAAGAGGUUUUUAGGGUUAAUGAAAGGAUUUGGGGUUAAGGAUAUGUUUUUCAGUUUAAUUUUAGGGUUAGGGAUAGCUUCAGGAUAAGGUUAGGAUUAGGAUUAGUAGAAAUUUGAAUUUUAAGGGGAGUGAAUGUUGUUGGCCACAAUUAUACAGCCAGCUCUAAGAGAGGGAAAGAUAAAAAGAGAGAGGGUAGACCCAGACAGAUACCUGUCCAUAAUUACCUCCAGCAGGUCAGCUUCCCCCUAGCUUCUAUCACGAGGAUCCUCCAGCUAACACCAAGUCAAACUAUCAACUGCUCCUUUUUUCCACUUUCAUCCCCCUUCUCAGUCUUUCCUUUCCUUUUCUCUUGUUGCACAGAGCAGACCUUGAUGUCUUCCCAAUAAUUGGCAGCAGAGGUUUCUUUUCUUUUUUUUUCUCCUGUCUCUCUCUCUCUCUUCUGCUCUUCCUAUUGCUUUGGAGAGAUUUAUAGUUGGCCAGGGAUCAAAGGCGGACCCCUGCGCCGCUCUGGCCACCCCAAAGGGGUGUCGGCGGCUGGCACCGGGCCGGCUGAUGUACAACCACACAGACAGAGACAGACAGGUUGGACAGACAAGUCCGGAUCAAUGGCGGUAGGUAGAAGGUUCAGACUGAGAGGGAGAUGGACCUGAAGCCCAUUCAACAACAGCAGUAAACCAUCUAAGUUGGGGUGUGUCUGGAAGAAGACUGUCCCCGCUAAGAAUCAGUCUUCAGAUAGAACAGACAUGCUGCAAAUGAGUGAAGAGGAGCCGAGAAGCUCCCCCGCUGAUUUAAGAGAGUGAGGAGGAUUCCAGUGGAGCUCAGAGCAGGCAGAACGGCGCACACAGCAAACGGAGCUGGAGCCAUGAGCAGGGCGCUUACGGACCAUAUCAGCAGUAGCUUUCGAGAAGAUGCGCCCCGUCCCCCUGUGCCGGGGGAGGAGGGAGAGGCGUCGUGCCAUACUCCCAACAAACAUGCCAAAAUGAGAGCCCAAAACAAGGCUAAAGCUGUCAUCGUCGCUUCUCCCGGCUCCACGCCGAGGAGGAACGAGGAUGGACUCGGGGAACCUGAGGGGAGCGCGUCGCCGGACUCGCCCCUCGCUCGGUGGACCAAGUCAUUGCAUUUUCUACUGGGUGACCAAGACGGUGCUCACCUGUUUAGGACCUUUCUUGAGCGGGAGAAAUGUGUGGACACUUUGGACUUCUGGUUCGCUUGCAACGGGUUCAGGCAAAUGGACCUCAAGGAUACCAAAACGCUACGAGUUGCCAAAGCUAUUUUCAAGCGGUACAUUGAAAACAACAGCAUAGUUUCCAAGCAAUUAAAACCUGCAACUAAAACCUACAUAAGGGAUAGUAUUAAAAAGCAACAGAUAGACUCGGCGAUGUUUGACCAAGCACAAACGGAAAUUCAGUCAACCAUGGAGGAGAAUGCGUACCAGAUGUUUUUGACUUCUGACAUAUACCUCGAAUACGUGCGCACGGGUUGCGAGAACGCGGCGUAUGCCAACCAUAGCGGUCUCGGUAGCCUCAAGUUGAUGUGCGGAUUUCUGCCACCUCUGAUUGAGGAAGAGGAGUGGAGUUGUGACUUCAAGGCAAAAACGUUAGCCUCUGUGGUUGGACUAUCUGCAAAAGCACUACGGGCCACUGCUUCCAUUCGGACCGCGGCGGAAGUGCUGGAGAAUGGGUACAGGUCGCACAGGCGAGGAGACCCGGUCAGUCCAUACCUGGUCAACUCUGGCUACGUGUUCGCCCCCGCCACCAGCGCCAACGACAGCGAGGUCUCCAGCGACGCCAUGACCGACGACUCCACGUCUAUGACUGACAGCAGUGUAGACGGGAUCCCUCCGUACAAGCUCGGCACCAAGAAGCAGAUCCAGCGGGAGAUGCACCGUAGUGUCAAAAUCAACGGCCAGGUCUCGCUACCCCACUUUCCUAGGACACAUCGGCUGCCUAAAGAAAUGACGCCAGUGGAUCCAUCGACCUUCGCCGCCCAGCUCAUCGCCAGACUGGAGAAGCUGAAGCGGGAGCAGGACACCAUGACCUCCCUGGAGGAGAGGCUACAGCAGAUCCAAGAGGAGGAGGAAAGGGACGACAGCGAUCUUCCCGCGGCCGUCCCCUUCCAUCAUCCCCUUCUCCCCUCGUCCGGCACUGAGGACGACGCCCAGGCCAUCCUAGACGAGCACCUGUCCCGGGUUCUGAAGACGCCCGGGUGCCAGUCGCCCGGCGUGGUCCGCCACUCGCCCCGCUCGUGCUCUCCCGACCGGCCCUCGGCCGCCACGGUCCCCUUCCCGGGGCCCUCGUACCCGGGGGUCCCCAAGGGCCCACUGGCGGGGGGCAGGCCGUCGACCAAACACAUCCACCACCACUACAUCCACCAUCACCAUGCCGCCGGCGGCCCCAAGAGCAAGGAGCAGAUCGAGGCCGAGGCGGCGCAGCGCGUGCAAUGCCUCUGCAUCCCUGGGGGCGCGGACUACUCAGACUUCAACCCCGGGCGAUCUUUGUCCAAGCGGCCAGUGAAGCCGUGUGAGGGUCUGAGUCAGACCAACGGUAGCGAGGGCCUCACGUCGCCGCCGCCACCACGCCUGCCGCUCGAUGCCACCGACCGCUCGCAGAACGUCUGGCAGUGGAUCCUGGAGAGCGAGAGGCAGGGCAAACACAAGCCCCAUGGCGCCACCCAGGGCCUGAAGAAGGGCCACCUCGCAGACCCGUCGUCGCCCAAGGCGCCCCCUGGCCGGACACACUCAUCCUGGGGGGGAGCGGGCGGCGCGGGGGGACACCUCCGCGGAGGUCACCAACCGGCGCACCCCUUCAUCCAGGACCCGGCCAUGCCCCCCCUACCCCCUCCCAACACCCUGGCCCAGCUAGAAGAAGCCCGUCGGAGACUGGAGGAAGUCUCAAAACCUCCCAAACAAAGGCAUUCAACGUCCAGCCUUCAAAGAGACAGGAGUCAUCCUGUGCCUUUCCCAAGUGGAAACCCACCUCUGUCCAGCUCCGCACUUCAAACAGACCAGUGGAAAGAGCCAAAGAAGUCGAUCAGCGGGGUCAGCGUGUCCGGCUGUGACCUCGUGGUCACCUAUUUCUUCUGCGGCGAGGAGAUCCCCUAUCGGAGCAUGUUGAAGACACACAGCCUCACUCUGGGACACUUUAAGGAACAGCUCAGCAAGAAAGGCAACUACAGGUACUACUUCAAAAAGGCCAGUGACGAGUUUGAGUGUGGGGCCGUGUUCGAGGAGGUAUGGGAGGACGGUGCCCUUCUGCCCAUGUAUGAGGGCAAAGUCCUGGGCAAGGUAGAGCGCAUGGACUGAUGCCACCUACCAGCAAAAUGCCCAAAAUUCGCAGCACAUGCCGUCGUGUGAAGCCCAGAACAUUUGAAAUUGAUGGUGGGUGGAUAACGCUCCAGACUUUUUCUUUUCUACUAUUAAGCUAAAUAGAGUUAAUAUAUCCUGCGCGAGAGAAGUGUGAUUGAAGGAACAACGAGCCAAUGAAGUACACCGAACCCAGAGGAGGCCCUGCCCCUCCCUGACUUUCUUAGCCAAUCAGCCUUAGAAACACGAGGGAACUACACCACAGUCAGAGAGUCGAGGCCCCGCCUCCAUGAAUAUAACCACUGAAGAUGCGGAUGACUGUUUUGUCCGUAACGCGAGACGGCCGCUGCGCUAACGUUGCGCCCAUGGACACGCAGCCACCCCAACCAAGUGCAAUGGACUGGCUAUAGCACCAGAGGCCACCCACAGCAGAGCUGUCUGACGCCACCUGCUCUUCUAACUUUGUGCCAGCGUCAUACGUGUGCAUAUACAUACAUGCAUAUAUGUGUAUAUAUACAUGUAUUAUAGAUUAUAUUGAUGCGUUUUGUCAUGAGUUUAACGUGUUUAGUUGAGUAUUUAUUGAAGAACGAGAAAUAAAUGUCCCUCUCUCCCUCACCUGUAACCUGUGUACCCAUUUCCCGACCCCAAAUCCAACCUGACCCUGAACCACGUCGCAUUGACGGACAAGCUGCUUAGAGUAUUGGGAGAGUACUGGGUUCAUUUAAAAAAAAAAAACUUGCAAUGUCGCAAAAGAUUCUGAUAGUGCACACCCUCUGACCCCAAACCCCCCCACCCCGCCGAUUUCUGAACCGAUCCGGUCGGCCUCCUCUUUUCCACUGUCCCCAGUAGACAAACCGACCGACAUCCCAGUCUUAAAUAUGCUGCUGCUGCUGAUGAUACCUGUGUGCUCUCCUGUUUCAAGCCAGAACAGUUGGUUUUUCCUCUCCCACUCCUGCACCGAGCUCAGUCCUUUUCCAGUGGUCGUGCCUUUGUUUGUAGACCAGGCAUCGCACAGGGAAAAAGAAAGACCUAUUUUUUUUUUUUUUUAUAUGAACGAAAUUUGGAAUUUGUGAAUACAGACCACCCGUAGAACUAUAAAUUGUACCAUGUAAUAAUUAAGUGUUUACUGCAAGCACAAUUAACUUUGUCGCGCUUCGAAAAAGAAACAGCUUCCUCUCCAGGAAGCAGUGGCUAAGCAGCGACGUUUCAAAAUGGCUUAUGUUCCCAUAUUUAUUAGCGAAGAAAGAAAAGUUUACGAAAUGUUGCUCCUACACCUUUUGAAUGUUUUGAAACGAACGUAAUCUCUGAAAAUACACAUAUAUGUAGAGAGAACUCCUGUACACAUUGUAAUUAUGAAUUUUGUGAAGUAUGGAUUAAAGAACACACCAACACUCCCGCUAGUGUCAGUACAGCACCUGUGCCUACAUGGAUGUCAUACCAUGUGCUACCCUGAUUCAGGGUGUUAAUUAUUAUUCCCUUGGUUUUCAAAAGGGUUUUAUGUUAAAAAGAUUUUUUAUGCUUUUAAUAAUAAUUAUCAUGUAAUCCUGUCGUUGUUUUUUUGUUUUGUUUUUACGCCAUGGCUUUUUUGUGUUUUGUUUUAUCUAAACUGUAAAUUAUACAUUAUAUACAGAGUUUCAUUUAAAAGAUUUACAUGGACCUAUAAUUAUUGUAAUUAUUAAGAGAUGUAGCCUUUAUUAAAGUUUUAUAUUUUUCAAAUGAAA